UCGAACUCAAAAUGAUAACAUAAUCAUCACAUUUACUGUCAAUUUGUUUUGGCUAAUUAUGUAACAGUUUUUGCUUGGUUAAAAUUUUUAUGAUUUUUUUUUGUUUUCGUUCCAAUUUUGGUUUGUUUGUUUUGGAAAAUCGAAUUGUUUAAAAGAUGUUUGCGAUUAAUCGUGAAAAGUUUUGCAGCAAGCUUCCACCAAGUCGAUAUGAAUUGGAAAAUAAGCACAAAUUGAUAUUGGAUUUAUCGAAUAAAUUGGAUAUACAACAUCAACAAGUUAAAACAUUGAAACAAUUAUAUUCAAAUACUUUGAUUGAACAGCGAAAACAAAUAUCGGAUGAAAUUAGUUUCCUUUUUAGACAUGCACCAAUAGAAUAUGGUAGAAUUUGUGAAGAUAUACUGUGGAAACGAAAUUAUUAUGAUUGUGUAAAAUUUUUUAAAAAAUAUCGCCGUUAUCAUCAGCAGCAAUCAUCAACAUCGGUAAAUGAUCCAUUGAAUAAUGAAUUGAUAAGUUUGUUUCGAUCGCAUCUGAUUUCGGGUAUUGGCCACUACCAUAGCCUUAUAGUAUCAUUUCGUAAAGGCUUUCAUUUGACGUAUUUGGAUCAAUCUAUAUUCUUGCCAAUUACUAGUGACCAAUUGCGAAAUUAUUCGUUAAUUGAUUCACCAUUUAAAGUGUCUGGAAAAUCGGCAAUCAUACAGAAACCGAAACAACGAUUAAUAUUUGCAAAUGAUGAUGAAAAUGAUCAGAUAAUCAAAAGAAACAAUUUUUAUGAUGAUAGUGGUGAUGAACAUGAUGAUGAUAAUGAAGCUAUUAUUGCGUUCGAUACUGAAUAUACCCAGGAUGAAAAAUUCAAAGAUACCUUAUUGUUUUUAGUUCAUCGUUUUUUCAUUUGUAUAGGCGAUCUUGCCCGUUACUAUGUGGAUUUCUUUCCAUCCGCUGUUGAUAGAUCGAUUGAGCGAUUUAAUGAACAAUUUUUCAAAAUCGCAUCAUUCUAUUAUCAAUUAGCAUCAUCAUUGCAACCCCAACUUGGUAUGCCAUAUAAUCAGCUUGGUACUUUAUACGCCAAUAGUUUUUAUGGUUUGGAUUCUAUUUAUUAUUAUUUUCGAUGUCUGAAUUCAAAGAAAAAAUUUCUUGGCAUCAAAGAUAACCUGAAAAAUACAUUCAUGUUUGUGCGAAAACAUCAAGAAAAUCAUCAGUUGCAAAAAUUCCUAGAUGUUUCAUCAUUUAACAAUGCAAAUUUUUUUGGUUCAUUAACAGAAGAGAAUUUUCAAACUGAUCAAGAGCUUGUUCGAUCAACAAUCAAUCGUAUGAUAGAUAUUUUCUCACAGAUAUUCAAUCAUAUUGAUGAAUUAGAGAAUGAAUCACAAUCAAUUCACGCAUCAAAAUUGCAUAACAAUAUUCAUGAUGUAUUGAUCUUGUUUCGUAAUGCCAUAAAUAUCGUGCCAUCUGAAACGAAAUCAUCACGCUUGAAACCAGAUCGAUUGACAUCUUCGAACAUUUUUCAAAUGAUUUCUAUCGUAAUGGUAUUGAUUGAUCAGAUAAAAAUAUUGCUGAAGAAGAACAAUGUCGAUGUAAAUUUGGGUAUGAUUGAAUUAUCGACACUCAAAUCCGAUGAUUUAAAAGGCAAUAUCGAUAUUCGUGGAAAUUUUCUUCUUUACAUUUCGUAUCAUUUUCUUUUCCAAAUUGUCACCAUGGUGAUUCAUCGUGAAUCCGAAGUUCUUAAGAAAAUGAUGUAUGCAUCACAAAAUUUGAUGGAUGACAAUCCUAGAAUUCUCCAACAAAAACAUAAAUUUGUUAACCGAAAAAAGAAGAAUAAAAAUCGAUCUUUCAAUUCUGGCGCAUUACGAAAACAUUAUCAAUCCGCUCAUUCGUUUUCGUCCGAUUGUGGUGAUUGUCCCAAUGAUGAAACAAUGGCUGAAUUGAAGAAUAGAGUCAUUCAGACAAUACAGGAUAUUUUGGAUUCAUCUGAAAAUGAAGAUGAUAAUGACGAUGAUGAUGAACUUAUUGUUUUAGAUACAAUUAACAGCGCCGAAUAUCAAAUGCAACAGAGCAAUGGAGAUGUUGAUUAUCCACCGCAUACGGAUUCGAAAACAUUUGAUCAAAUGCUGGCCUAUAUGUAUGCCGAAUCAUCUACUCCAAUCAUUAAAUUUUUCUGUGAUUAUCUACAAUCAAACGGAGAUUUCAUUGAAAUUUUGCAAAACAUGUCCGUUCUAACUGAAUAUUUUGAACAAUUUUUCAAUUUUCUGAAUUUGAUCAGCGAAUUUGAUUUACGUUUGAUCAUCAACUUCAAAUCAUAUUUAGAACAAGAAUUUCAGACAAACGUUAAACAACUUGAUAAGAUACAUAAGCUAAUCGAUUUGUUCAACUUUAUUAAUCAAUAUUCCAGUUAUUCAUUGAAAGAUUUCAAACAAUUAUUGCCGUUGAGUAGCGAAAUGGCAUUCAUGAAUUUAACCGAAGAGUUGAUUCAUUUUUACAAAUCGUUAUUCGGGUGUAAAGAUGAUUGGGAUCUAAUGAACAUGAAAAAUGAAUCAACAGUUGAAAAAUCCUGUUAUAUAUCAAUAAAAUCAAUGAUUAUUUUAGGCAUCAAGUUGGCCCUAUUAUCGUUAGACAAUGACAAUUUUAAAUUAGCCGUCACUAAUUAUGAUCUAAUGACUCUACAUGAUUUGAAACAGAAUAAGCAUGUUCGAUUCAAUUUCCAAUUAGUACGUCCAUUGGAUUCAUCAUCGAUUCUGAAAGAUGAUCGUUAUUCAUUGAUUGUAUCAAAAGCCGCGAAUAAAUGUGAGCAAUUGAUUCAAUUUGAUUCGAAUGAUAAAGAAGUUGAAAAUGUUUGCAAAAAUGAUGAAAAUAAUAUCACUCCAAAGAACAAGUUGCAAAUGAAUCAUAAUCCAAAAACUCAACAAAAUGAUGUCCAAAAGAAAAUUUCUGUAAUGAAUCAUCAACAGGUAUCAUCAUCAUCAAAAUCAUUAUUUGAUCUGGAAAAAUUACCCCAUCUUUUGAUUGAUCCAUUUGUCUAUCUUGAAAAUCUUGAACAAAUCAAACAAAUUGUUCAGCAAAAGAAAGCAUUUGUAAUAGUACCAAAAUUGGUAACUGACUUUCUCAAUAAUUUGAAAGAUAAACAAAUUCAAUCAGCAAUUGAAGCAAGUGAUUUUCUUCACGAAGAAUUUUUCCGUGGAUCAAGAAUGAUUAGAUUUAUUCGUAAUGAAGAUCGGCUAGAAUUAGAAAUGUUAGUUUAUCCUCGAAACAAUGUUUGGCGCCGUACUAUUGACGAUGAAAGUGGAACGGAUUCAGUUGAUCGAAAUGGAAACAAAUUUCAAGAUUUAGCUCUGUUUUAUGAAUUGCUCGAACAUUGUCAUCAUUUAUUGGUGAACAAAGUUUUGAUCAAUACACGUAUUUCGACCAUUGGAACUGGAUCAAAAGAAGAUGAUGAACAAAAUUCUCAACUGACAUUGAUAACAACUGAAACAAAUCUUGCCAAAUGGCCAUCGAACGCUUUAACAUCCAUUGCGCAAACUUGUUGCAUUGAUAUUGAAACAAUGGAUUCGUAUCUGGCCAAGCAAAAAAAUAAUAAUAAUAAUAAAAAGUAUAAGUUCAACAGAAAAUAUAAUCGACAUCCAAUCGCAAAUACAACAGCUUCAUCAUCUAAUCCUUUCAGCAACGGUCGUUCUCCUCAGAAAUCUUCGGCCACUCAUUUUCGACCAAUACAAUUUAUGGCCAAUUCGGGAACAACUUUACAUCGACAAGUGACAUGAUUGAUUAUUUGAAUGAUUGGUUAUCACAAUCCGGGUUGUAUUUUUUAAGUGGCAAACAUAUCAAUUAAAGUUCUGGAGUUUUCUUAUUGUGUGCUAAUUCUUGUUUGUCGCUACGCUUGUAAACAAGGAUCAAAUUUUAAUGGACGGAAAAAAAAGAAAAAACCAGAUU